AUGGCGUCAGUUACAAGCGUUCAGUCUUCCGAUGCACCCGCGGAUGUUUUUGAGGAAAAAACACGUCUGGAUAUCACAGGCUCUGCUCAAGAUAACGAUGAGGAAUCAUUGUCAGAAACCACCCAGGUGGAUACAAAUGACGAUGUCCUGAAAAGCCUCGGCAGCGUGGAAGGUGAAAAAUUGCUCGCCUUCUUGGACCACAUCAGGAAUGCAUACGAGCUGGAUACCGGUAGCCUUGAUCUUCCUCAGCUCGUCGUCGUGGGAGGCACCAGCUGUGGAAAAUCCUCGCUUUUACAGGCCCUUACCAAUUUACCGUUCCCAGUGGAGAACGGCAUAUGUACUCUUUUCCCUACAGAAACCAUGAUUCAUCGAUGCGAUCCGUUUGUGCAGCCACACUAUUCAAUUACAGUUGAGAAAAAUGGAUCUUCUCUACAUCGAUUCAAGCCGCGGGAAUAUUCCGGUGAGAAAUGGUCAGACGUUUCUCUUCGUCUCAGAAAAGACUUAGAGGAGGUCUUUGCUGAGCUACACGCCCCAAUCACCAACGCGGAUGCCGGUGGUAGAAACCGACUUAAUCAUUUGCGAGAAGAGGUAUUGAAGGUCAAUGUUUACAAACAUGACCAAGCCCAUUUUAGCGUGAUCGAUAUACCGGGGCUGGUCAGCGGCGGUUCCGGGGCAGACCAAAAGAUCUCUGAAAGGCUUGCUCGGAACUACAUAUGCAAGGAGCGCGCUAUUGUAUUAGCGGUAAUGCCGGCGGUCGAUGAUAUCCAUAAUCAGGCUGUACUUCGUCUUGUAAGGGAAGAAGGCGCUAUGCACAGAACAAUUGGAGUGAUCACAAAAUGUGACAUGUUACAAACGCACGAUGAGCCUAAGACUCUCGAGCUUCUCAAGAACCGGACACCUGAGUAUAGACUCAAACUUGGAUGGUUUGCUGUUCGCAAUAGGACUACAGACGAGAUACAAAACGGGCUUUCCUACCGUGAUCGCGACGACCGAGAAAGUCAACUAUUCAGCAGAAAGCCCUGGUCAUCACUGAAUACCAGUUGUGUGGGUGUGUCGAACUUGAAGAAAUGCUUGUCCGGUACGCUCUACCGGCUUGUUCAGAAGAGUUUUCCGGGUAUACAGAACGAUAUAUCUGAAAGGCUCGAGUCUUCCAAGCGAGAUCUAGAUGCUCUAGGCCCCCCAAGAGAUACAUGGAGGUUGCAGAAAUACUACCUGGAUGAUAUACAGACACAAUAUGACGGCUUAGCAAGAAAGUGGCUGAUGGGGACGUAUCGUGAAGAUUGCUCUUCAGACGACUCCUCAAAGCUCAGAGUCCGUCUGCAUGCCCUGGAUGCAAAGUUCCGGACACAACUUGAGAGAAAUGGCAUGGAGUACAGAUACUUGGCCCCUGAGGACGCCAAUAGGAGGCUCCAAGAGCUCCACUAUAUGGAAUUCCCGAAUGAUUGGGAAGCAAAAAUUCUGGCGACAGAUGACAUCUUUUCCUGGAUUCUACGCAUGUGGAAUGACAAUCAUGGAGAUGGGUUGUGGUAUAAAGCACCGGUUGAUUUUGAGGGAAUGCUUUGGAAGGUCCAGAUCAAAUCAUGGGGUAGUUUUGCUCGCGACUAUUUCUCCGAGGCCUCUCGCAUGAUUCAAGGUUUCUCUGAUAUUUUGUUGGAGGAAACAUGCCCCGAGCCUACCAUUCGUAGCAAAAUCCGCCGGUAUCUUCAAGAACAGAACUCAAUCGCCAUUCGUCGCGCGGAGGAUGAGCUUGCUACUAUUUUGAAUGAAUUGGGGCAUAUGAGAACCUACAACCGGGAUUUCAUGGCUGAGUUGCAUGAUCGCCAGAAAGCUCUUAACACUUCGUUCCAUUACAUUGGCGACAACAAGCUAAGACUAAUCAUUUCGACCUAUCAAGACUUGUGUUCCUUCCAGAAAAUAGCUCUUUGGCGUUUCCUUGAUAAUGUGAUAAUUCAAGUCGUUGAGCGCCAUCUCUUGGGGGCUCCCGGUCUUGUUUUCUGUUUCAGUGUGCAUUGGAUCCGAGGCCUGUCAGAAAAAGAAAUGGAUGAUAUUGCUGGGGAGGACACGGAACAAAGACAGAAGCGCAAUGCCUUGCAGACUGAGGUACGGGAGCUGGAGGAGAUCUUGAGGGACUCAAAGAUGCUACAGUAUAAAUGA